AUUGGGGCUGCCCGACCCGCCUGCCGCGUAGGGCAAGCAGCCCUCCAGCGGGAGGGGGCGUGAGCGGGGCGGGGCCGGAACGUCUUUCUCCCGGGCCGCGCCCCGGGCGGGCACAGUUACCCGCCGCACCGACCAUGGCCGCAGCCGCACUGGGACAGAUUUGGGCCCGAAAACUCCUCCCUGCCUCUUGGCUUCUGUGUGGCCCCAGAAGAUAUGCCUCAUCUAACUUCAAGGCGGCAGACCUGCAGCUGGAAAUGACGCAGGAGCCUCACCAGAAGCCUGACCCCAGCAAGCCCCUGGUGUUUGGGAAGAUAUUCACUGACCACAUGCUGGUGGUAGAAUGGAAGGAGGAGAAGGGCUGGGGCCAGCCCCGUAUCCAGCCCUUCCAGAGCCUCAUGCUGCACCCCGCCUGCUCUGGCCUCCACUACUCGAUGCAGCUCUUCGAGGGCAUGAAGGCGUUCAAAGGCAGCGACAAGCGCGUGCGCCUCUUCCGCCCCUGGCUCAACAUGGACCGGAUGCUGCGCUCGGCCCUGCGCCUCUGCCUGCCGAGUUUUGAUAAGGUCGAGUUGCUCGAGUGUAUCCGCCGGCUGGUGGAAGUGGACAAGGACUGGGUCCCUGAGGGCAAGGAUACCAGCCUCUACAUCCGGCCUGUGCUCAUCGGAAACGAGCCCUCCCUCGGCGUCACCCGCUCCUCGCAAGCGCUCCUGUUUGUCAUUCUCUGCCCCGUGGGCGCAUACUUCCCCGGAGACGCCGUGGAUCCUGUCUCCCUCCUGGCCGACCCAACCUUCAUCCGGGCCUGGACAGGUGGGGUGGGUGACUACAAGCUGGGGGGGAAUUACGGGCCCACCGUGUUGGUGCAGCAGGAGGCGAAAAAGAGGGGCUGUGAACAGGUGCUCUGGCUCUAUGGGCCUGACCACCAGCUCACCGAGGUGGGCACCAUGAACAUCUUCAUCUACUGGACCCACGAGGAUGGGGUGCUGGAACUGGUGACCCCCCCACUGGACGGUGUCAUCUUGCCCGGAGUCGUCAGACAGAGUCUGCUGGACCUGGCUAGGACCUGGGGUGAGUUCCGGGUGGCAGAGCGGAAGAUCACCAUGAAGGAGUUGUCUCGGGCGCUGGAGGAGAGGCGGGUCCGGGAAGUCUUUGGCUCUGGCACCGCUUGCCAGGUCUGCCCUGUGAACCAAAUCUUGUACCAAGGCAAGCAUUUGCACAUUCCCACCAUGGAAAACGGGCCUGAGCUUAUCCUCCGCUUCCUGAAGGAGCUGAAGGCGAUCCAGUACGGAGCAGGAGCCCACGACUGGAUGCUGCCAGUGUGACGCUAGACUCAGCCCUACCUCUUCCCGGAUCCACCCCCACCCCCGCGGCAUCUAGUCCUCCACGGGUCCUCCCCUCCCUACCAAUGACUCACCUGAAGUGCAAUAUGAAAUAAAAGGCCGGAGGCUGCCGAGACGCCUGGGUCUCUGGCGCCCCCACAUGGUCUUGACACUCCCAAAGCCAUAAGGGUCAGACCCAGGCGUCUAGGCCCCAGCCCCGCCUCUCAGAUCUUGGGGGAUUUGGGCUCCCCGCUGCUCCGUGUUGUGGGGUCAAGGAUACACUUUGACCCGACCCAACUCGACUUCGCAUCUCUCCGUUCUCAGACCGGAUCUCCCGGUGCUGCUGUUGAUUUUUUUUUUUUUUCCUUUUGCUGCAAUUUUGAAAUAAAUGCCAAAGAACAAGCC